AAAAAAAAAAAAAAGUGAGGGACUCUCAGUCGGCUUGAGGGUGCAGUGACUAGCUUUAUCCGGACUUAAAGAAAUGUAAUUAUUUGCCUCUUUUAGUUUAAUUUAAGAUUAUGCUUUUGUAGGGAUGAUUUAGUUUUUAAGAUUAAGGACCCCCCCUCAGAAAUGUUAUUCUAAUCACUGAUAUAGUCAGAACACACAACGGCUGUCUGAAUUCCUCCACUACUCACUACAUAGUGCAUUCUCCAUUUUGUAGUGCUGUCAACUGAGUGCCCUAGAAAUUUCCCAGAAGUCUUUGCUCAUAUUGAUUAGUUUUUCACUUCCUGAAGUAGAUGUUGUCCUACUUGCCAUUAAAAAAAUGUUGAACAUUGUGUCCUAAUUAUCUUUAAAGUCCAGGUCACUAGAGGGUCCUGCACUUUCUUUUUAGUAGUCGGGGAUUAGGGGGAGAAUUUGGACAACCUUGGAAAACCCAGGGGGGCAGAGAUUGAAGACUUUCCAACUGAAGUUUUUUUUAAUUUUUAAUAUAUUGUGCACUAGUUUUGCAACUAAUUUUGGUUUUUGCCCAAAUCUUAGGCUAGCCUAUUUAGCUAUCAAUGCUAAUGCAGCAUUAGGCUAGCUUGUUAAACUCAGCAGUUAAAAUAUUCUCCCGUAAAAUGAAGGUACAGUAAAUAGCUUUCUCCUCCUCGUGUUGGAGACAUUGACUGUUGAAGCAUCUACAUAUGCCUCAUUGACAGCCAAUGGUUGGAACACAAAGAUGGACGACUGAACUUUAUGACCUCGAAUAAAAACACUGUGACUGAAAGUGUGUAAACAUCAGCCAUGGCCUAUUACAAUGCGAUUUUUGUUAAAAAAAAAAAAAAUUAAUAUAUAUAUCAGAAAAAAAAUAUGUAGUCUAAAGCCUAUUUUAGACAAGACAACAGAAAACAGUAGAUUUACUCAAGUACACUUGAAAAUUGCCUAAAUAUAGAGAGUAUAUAAUGAAUAUAUAAAGAGUGGUUUUGGUUUAUCUCUCAUGAACUAUAAUAACUAUUGGGGUUUGCUGUAGAUGUCUCAGGGAAAGACCAUCUGGAAUUCAGAUGAGGUGAAGCUGUAGAACAAAAUAAGAUUCUUCAUUCUUCUCACUGCUGCUCUCUUUCCUCACCGUUUGUGUGUUUGUAACUUAUGUAGUGUUGGAAAUUGUGUUGAAUUCACAUUAUGGAUUUUGUGUUCUCAUUAAUGGAACAACAAAAAUAAAUCGGGAGCUUUUAUAUUGACUUUGCAGUUAAGAUUUUAACACAUAAGGAGAAAAAUUUGACCUUAAUGAGAGUUUUGAGAUCAACUCACAAGCCCUCAGAUAUAAAGAUAGAGGAAUUAAACUUUAACUAUUUUAGACCAUCAAGAACCAAAGUUUCCUGCGUGAGGAAAAACAGAGUUCUGCAGCCAGCAGUUGAUACAAAAAAGGCUCAAACGUGAAUGAUCUCCGCCGCAGCGCCUGCAGAAGUCCUCCAACUCACGCUCAGUAUUGACGGCUGCAUUAUGUGUGUGACGUCAGUCUGUUGUUUUGCUGUUCUGAAGCCCCUAGUAAACAGGAGCUCUGCGGGGCCACAUGGGGAGCAGGAUCGAAGACGCUUCUUCACGGGGGGAUAUAAGUGGUCCGAGCGCUGCCCUGAAACAGACACAUGCUGGAGCUGGAGCGUCUGUGCUGACAACAGCUGACAUGAAGACAAACGCUUUGGUCAUAUGGACAUGCAGCCUGGUCAUCUCUCUGCUCAUAGACUACUGUCAUGCUCAGAAGCUGAAUGUCCACUGGGGUCCACAGUCCAUGAUGUACCUGAAGGGCAAGUAUGGAAAGAGGUUUGUGUCAGAGGACGACAACAGAGUUUGGAGACGCGGUCUCAACGGUCUCCAUGCACUGCUCAAAGACCUCCAGAGGCUUCAGCUGCUGGACUUCAGAAGGACCAACAGUGUUCUGAACUCAGAGAAAACGCCGCUCCCCUGUCUCGGGAGGAGAUGAGUCUCAUGGUCGCUCGGCUCCAACAGCAAACGGAGCUCCGCUUCUCUGGAUGUUUCCUCGCUUUAGUGUUCCCCGUGACCCAUGAAUAAAGUCUGCUAAACCAUCA